ACAAUUUUUUGCAUUUUUUCUGAGUCAUCCGGCAAGAGAUUUUUCUUCUGCGUGUUUUCCUGAAUUUCCUGCAGCAAGAAAAUGUGUGAAAGUGUAAAAAUAGUUACAGCGGACUUUGUCAAAGUCAAUGUAACAAAUUCCAAGACAGAUGCAGUUGUCUUUGAGCGGAAAUUUCCCAAAAAUCUCACCAUCUUGGAGUUCAAGAAUAAUCUGGAAGUUUUGACUGGCGGGAAUGCCAAUACGAUGAAACUUGAGCUGUACAGUGGAGAUAAAUUGGUGGGAAAGCUGGAAAACAAUGCAGCUCUCUUGGGUUCGUAUCCCAUUGAAGAUGGAAUGAGGAUUCAUGUGGUGGAUGACUUUGUCCUGGUGGACAGUGAGUUCGUGGAGAAGUUCACCCUUACAGAUCAGCAAUACAGCCAGAAGAGGGAUACCCUGAGGAAUUUUCUGCAAACAAAUAAACUCGGUAAGUACGAUGAAGAGGAAAUGAAGAGGCUGGAAGAGAAGAAACGCGAAGCAGCUGCUAGGGAAGAAAGACUAGCCAGGGAGAUUCAGAUUGGGGCGAGAUGUCAAGUGACGGUCUCAGGGCAGCCCAGACGAGUGGGAACAGUGAUGUUCAAUGGGGUGAUUGAGGGGAAGAACAAGAUCGUGAUUGGAGUGAAAUUCGAUGAACCUCUGGGAGUCAAUGAUGGAUCGGUCAAUGGCAAGAGAUACUUCGACUGUCAGCCGAAAUAUGGGAGCUUCGUUGCUCCUUCUGCAGUCACUGUUGGAGAUUUUCCUGCAGAACCUGAUGACUUGGACGAGAUAUAAUUCCUGCUAUUCAGCUAUUCCCUAAUCCCAAUGCUCUUUCCCUUUUAUGUAAUCCAGUGAUUAAAUAAAUAAGAGAUUUUUUUUCUAA